GCCGCCGUACGGUGACGUCAUCGGGUCGCGCGGCGGGCGCCUGGCGGAGCGAAGUCCGGGGAUGCGGCGGGCAGGCGGAAGGGCCGCGAAGAGAUGCUGGAGGAGGUGGUGACCGGGGCCGCCGAGGGGCUGGUCCUGAUCCAGGAUUCGGUCGCCUGCGAGGGCCGCACUCUGCUCAAGAGCUUCGUAGUGGCGGCCGCACAACGGGCAGAGUCCAUCCACGUUCUCAGCUUUGACCUCCCGGAGCUGGAAUUCAAGGCUGGGCUGGGUGCUGAAGUGACCUCCCGGAUAGUGUUUCACGAUGCUUUCCGGGAUCCCCUCGGCUGGUCCGGGAGGGGCAGUGGCCUGACCUUGGGAGAAUUCUCUGCUUCUGAAUUGGCGGCCCGCCUGGCCGCGGCCUCCCAGGGACCCGCCACGGUCGUGCUGGACUCCCUCAGCUGGCUGCUCCUCCGCCUGCCCUUUCCCUCCGUCUGCCAGGUUCUGGCGCAGCUGCCCAGGAGAGCCAAUGCCGCUGGGCUGAAAAUUGUCCGGUUGGUGGCGCUGCUCCAUGGGGAUUUGCACCCGCCUGCCCAGCGGGACGUCCUGAGGGCCAUGGCCCGUCUUGUGGUGACGCUGCAGCCAGCCCCGGGGACUGGGCAAGGCGGGGAUGAGACUCCCCAUGCAGCUGCUCUCCUCCAUAGAAAGAAGGGGAGCAAGUUUUUCCAGAAGGGAGAACUCUUCACCAUCCUCCCAGGGUUUAUUGUCAAAUUCCUUGGUGAGCAGCCACCGAGUGGCAUUUCCGGAGAGGACAACGCGGAGGAUGGCCGGGGACCAGCCGCGGCUGACCCGACUGCCCAUUUGACCUUCAACCUGCGCCUCUCAGCGGCCGAACGCCAGGCCAGGGAAUCAGUGCCUCUCCCUUACCACUUCAGCGAGGAAAAGAAAUCCUCUCUGCUGCAGACGUCCACGGAGGAAGCCAAGAUUUAUUAUGAGCCAGACGCUGCAGAUGACUUUGAUGAGGAAGAUCCUGAUGAUGACUUGGAUGUGUGAGAGAGAAAGGUGGAACUGGCUGUUUUCCGUCUGCAAAUGAUCUGGAACUGGAACCAUCUAAGUUGCCCUUGUGGGGGCUGCAUUCCUUUGCAGCUUGGUAAUUACGGGGACAGAACCGAUCAGCUGCCGGGAAUGGUCUGGCACCGCAAAUCGGAACACGGUGCUAUCUGGAGAGGAAAAACUGUCCAGAUCUGGGAAAUAACACGACACAAGAAGUGAUCUUCAGCCUCCUGGGCAGGCAGGUAGGAGCCUGGCCGGAUAAUAAGCCUUUGCUGAAGGUGCCGGGUGCUGGGGAAGAGCGAUUUGGUAUUACCUGUCCUUUUGAGGAAGGAGAGAUUUGCAGCCGGAGCAAAUAAACUGUUUGAAUGUUGGUAUGACUGGCUUUGUGUGGCUCUUAACGCAAAGACAAUAAACCAUCAGCCUGCUCUAA